CAUUUCUUCGUCGACCGCGCUUUUUCUACUUUUAGUAGUUAAAUUUCAAACAGCCUUUUGCCAGCGAUAGCAUAAUGUAUUUAUUUAUUUAUUUAUUUAUUUAUGUUGUAUUGUGUUGUGCAGGGGAGUUUUCCCUUCUCGUCGGGUCAGACAGCAUCCUCCGACUGCUGGGUGACGUAAAAGUGAGAGAGAGAGCAAAGUUUAGACAUAUAACAUACAACAAACUGACCCUCGCUCCCGACGGGUCAGGCAGCAUCCUCUGGCUGCUGGGCGUUUAGUGGAGCAAGAGACAGGAAGGGGACGAACAGGACAAAAGGACAGAUCCUUCGCAACUCAGUGCAGCAUCCUCAGGCAGCUAAACUGGCAGCUGGGCGGCGUGGAGAGCUUAGGAAAAAGUGUCUCGGGUCCGUUUAGGAGAGACGAAAACAGAGAACCCCCCCUCGGUCGGGGCCCGCUCGGCAGGUGGAGGCACGGCCUACUGCAUGAGGGGGCUGAAAUGGUCCUGGACCUGAAAUAGAAGAGAGGAGAUGGGACAGCAAGGUUGAGGCCUGGAAGGCUUAGCGCAUAAGCAGCAGAAGAAUGGGAUGUGGCCGGGGGUCCCCUCAGGCCGGCGAGGAACAGCCGGGCGGCAGUGGUUGAGACGAGAGGCCGACCCGGACAGCCGGGGGAGUGAGACUCACUUCCCCCCCUGAGGGAGCCCUGUGCGGACAGUGCGAUAUGGAAAGGAGCAGAGGUGGGGAGGAGGAGGAACAAAAAACAAACACAGACAAGGAAGCGGAAAUAGUGCUGGGUUAAAGUAGAAAAAGAGAGCGAGAUAGACAGGAGGGGCAGCCAAUAACACAUACGUGGAGCAGUGCUGGCCAUGCCCUAAUAAUUGACGAGGCGAGUGCUGCAUUGUGGGAUUGGCUGGAAAUACUAAAUGAGGCUGAACUGGGAUCAGCUUCCACCCGGAAGAGAUCGCGGACGCUACCGGGCAGGAUGCCACGGAGGGAAGAAAAUCCUUCUCUUGACAUACAAGACCUAGUAAAAGGAUUUCAGCAAACAAAGGUCACUGCACAGCAACAGAAAGCUGAAACUUUACAAGUUGAGGCUGGCAGCAAGCAAGAAAACCCUAGUCAGGACGAUGGAGGAGAAGUUUGGACACUUUAUUGUCUAGCAGAUUUGGGGGCACAAGGAAAUAUGAUGCAGGCUCAGCAACAAUUUGUACCAGAACAGCCUUUUUACCCAAUGUACCAGGGCACUUCCCCAGUGCAGGGAAUAUUCCCAGGAGGUGGUUUUAUACCCAUUCAGACACUUACACCAAGCCAAAUGUUCUGUCCCAACCGUGCUGAUGUUCUUACACAUAGGAGACCAAGCACCUCUCAGUUUGUUUUGGUAAAUUCUCCUUCUAAAGAAAAGAACAUGAAUAUACUGGCUUCUCCUGGUAAAAUGCCUAAUGCACCUUCACAGAGACCAAGUACUCCCAGAUUCCUUUCUUUUUCCAUACCUACUAAUGGAGAUCAACCUCAGGUAUGGGGAUCUGGCCAACUGCCUUUCCAGGCACAAAGGAAACAAUUGAGACUCAUUAAACAGAGAACUAAAGGACCCACCCAAUUCCUCAGCAGGUCUGGAAAUCUCUCAUUCAAGAAACAGGGACUUUUGACCUGUUUGGUGGACUACGACUUGGUAGAUGUCCACUUUACCUUAGUACUUGCCAAUAAACUGAUCUUGCGCAAACUGAAUGACAAAAUCAUGUAA